AUGUCUUUCGACAACAAACAUGACAUCGUCGGCGACGAUGAGAAAGCCAGUCAGAUUAAGGUCGAGCAGGCGGACAACCGUCUUGCUCCGGCUCAGGCCAUGUCUGAAGAGGAAUUUGCUAGUGUCGAGAAGAAACUGAAGCGGAAGCUUGAUCUUCGUCUAGCCACCAUGGUCUGGCUCAUCUUCGUCUUGAACUACCUGGACCGCACUCAGAAUAACAUUGCUGCGGCGAAAGUCGCCGGCAUUGCGAAGAGUUUGCACAUGGACUCCACGCAAUAUGCCACGUCCGUGGCGAUCCUGUUUGUUGGUUACGUCUUGAUGCAGAUUCCAUCAAACGUAUUUUUGACGCAGCUUCGUCCGUCACUGUACCUUCCUCUUGUGAUGGCUGCAUGGGGUGUCCUUUCUGCGCUUACUGGGAUCGUACACAAUGCUGCCGGACUGUACGCUACGCGCUUCUUCCUCGGCUUUGUCGAAGCUGCCUUUUAUCCUGGCGCUUUGUUCCUAUUGUCAUCGUGGUACACGCGUUCAGAGCUCGGCACACGCAGCGCCUUCCUUUUCUCCGGCAGUCAGCUAGGCAGUGCCUUCUCCGGCCUCAUCGGUGCUGGCAUCCAGAACUCUCUUGAGGGCGCCCGCGGCCUCGAAGCCUGGCGGUGGCUUUUCAUCAUCGAAGGCUCAAUCACCGUCUUCAUCGCUCUCUGCGCCAUUCUCGUCCUACCCGAUUGGCCGUCCACCACCCGUUGGCUUAACGAGACUGAGCGCGCUGUCGCAGAAUGGCGACUCAUCAAGGACGCAGGACAGGUGGACGAAGACGACGAGUCUUGGUCGUAUGGCUUCAAGGCAGCCUUUGCUGACUGGCGCCUCUAUGGCUUCGCCUUCAUCUUUACCUGCAUCCAAGUUGCAUCCGCCACGUCCAACUUCUUCCCUACUAUCGUGCAGACAUUGGGUUUUAACCGAGUGAACACGCUCCUCCUGACCGCACCGCCAUACAUCGUCUCAUUGUUCAUCUCUAUCGGAAACAACUGGUCUGCUGAUAGGCUGAGGAACUCGUCUUUCCAUAUCAUGUAA